AUGGCGCAGUUUAUGCUCUUUUUUCUGAUGAGUACACUUUUCUACAAAGUAAAUUCACUGACCUGCUAUCAAUGCAUACCUGAGACAUCAUUAACAUGUACUGCAACUAAAGUGGAUUGUCCUGUCGGUCAGUGUGGCACCAUGAGAACCACAUCUUACACGGGAAACAACAAGUUGGCUGACAUGAUUAUGAAGAACUGCUCUACAACUCAACAGUGUGUGACUGCAUCUGUAAACUUUGGAGUUACAAAAACAGUGAUUAGCAAUAAGUGCUGUAAUACUGACCUGUGCAAUAACCAGAGUGAAAUAGAACCACCCAAAAGUGUCCCAAAUGGCAUGAAGUGCUACACCUGUAAUGGGCAGGACUGCGCAUCUACUUUAGCUUGUAUUGAUGGUGAAGAUCAUUGUAUCAAGGCAACAGUCGAAACUGAUGGCCAGAUGAGGAUAAUGCAAGGGUGUGCCACUGAAAGUUUUUGCAAGGGUGACCUGUCCACACAGAUUGGUCAGUCCAGUGUAGCUGUUGACCUGACCUGUUGUAAAGGAAAUCUUUGUAACAGUGCAAAGACCGUCACCCAGAGUCACUUGUUUCAACUGGGGCUCCUGCUCUGUACCAUUGUACAAACAUCAUUUUGAGCUUUGUGUUCCUUAUGAUCCUUCUUAAGGCUUAAACUAAUUUUACCAAAUUACUUUCAUAAUCCAGCAUGUUAAAUAGGUUUAUGCACGGUUUCUAAAUACCUGCUUCUGCAAAUUAAUGUAUAGAAUGUGUGAGUAUUGUUGUUUCAUUAUGUGCUCAUUAGGUUUUUGUAUAUACAGAAAGUGUAAUAUACAUUUUUGCCUCUCCCUUGGACUAUUUACUAAAUGUAUCUGUCAUUCUGAACAGAGAUUAAUGGAACAGCCCACCUAAAGAUGAAAUAUCUGUAUGACAUUCUUUCUGUGGUACACAAAAGGUGAUGUUUGGCAGAAUGUUA